UCUGGGCGCUGGGCGCGCUCGGUUGAACGGCGGUUGGUGGCGGUUCGGCGGCGGAGGAGGCGAUCCCACCGCCCCGACGGCGCCCCAUGGCCGACCCCGACCCCGAGGAGCUGCGGGCUGCUUCGCCUUCGUCUUCGCCGCCCUCGUCGCCGUCGUCUUCGGACGCGUCUGCGGGGUCGUCCCCCGGCGUCCCCCGGAGUUUGGACUGGCCGCUGCCGAGCAGGCUCGCAGGCCGCGCGCUGGACCCGCUGCAAGAAGUGGAGAUGCGGAUCGGAGACGCAGCGUUUUCGUUAACCAAGCUUGUUGAGGCCACAUCUGCAGUAUCAGCUCAAGUUGACGCACUUGCCUUCAAAUGUACAGAAAACGCACGAUUCCUUAAAACCUGGCGGGACCUUUUGAAAGAAGGCUAUGAUUCUUUGAAGCCUGACAACUGAUUUCUCUGUGGAACAGACCCUGUUUCCUCACUUAAGAUAUUUGCACUCACGCACCAUGUUAUAGGAUAGUCUUUUGUAGCAGUUCUGUAUAUGCAGAAAGAAAAUGCUUCUUUGGUUUGCUUCACUUUUGUGAAAGAAGAAUAUAAAUAUUAUUUUUUAUAUUGGCCCAUUUUUAUCUUUACACAAUUUCUUUUAAACUUCCAUAGACUCCUUUGUGAAAGUUACUUCAACAGUAGCUAAUCUUGAUAGUGCCAUAAUGCUUUCAGUAGCAAAAUAGGCAGACCAGUGCUCGUUUUUCAAGAAGAUGCCAAAAAAUGGCAAAGUUCAAGGCUGAGUUUAUUUUAUUGACCAAGGGAGGAAACUUUAAGGUUCACCAUUGUUGGGUCCAGCUUCUUGAACUUGGACCAAUGAUUGUGCUGAUUUCCUGUCCCUAAAAUUGUGUCAUACAACAUUUAUGAAAUGUUUGCUGAAUAAAAGUUGACAACAAUUAAAACCUAUUAUUUCCUUUGUGAUUUUAGCUUGGAGAUUGUUAAUAGUUUUUCUAAAAAAUUAUUUGAAUCGGAAUCACUUUGACUUGAAGGAAAAUGGUUGCCCUAAUUGAUUGUAGGUUUUUUAAGACAGAAUUUUUUUCCCUUCUGUGAUGUUUUCUGAAAAAUUUUUAAACUUCAAAAAGUGAGAUCCUAUCUGUAAAAGAAUGCAUGUUUCCCCCUGUUUACUUUUUGUUAGUUGUUUUUAUAAAUAAUGUUUCUUAUGUUUGUUAUUUUAUAUUUUCUUGAAGUAUUUUAUUAAAAUUACCACUUGAUAUUAUUUUGAACUUUGCAUGUUGUUUGUAAUUCUAAAACAAGUUAUCUUUUUUUAAAUACAUUUGAAUUUAAAUGAUGUGAUUGUUUUUGUAUUGUUUGACUUUAAUGAAAAGCUUCUAUUUUGCAUGCCCUGUAUCUUAAUAUUUCUUUUGUCUUCCCCUCUUUCCUCCCCACUCCAGUCUGUCUUUUAUAGUUUGUGUCAUACCUCAAGAGUUAAAUCAAUUCUCAAUAACUUGUGGGUAUCAUUGGUUUGGUAUCUUAAUGCUUUGUAGUAAUGGAAUAUAUAUAAAUAAAUAUAUGUAUGCAUAUAUACUAUAAUAUCCAGGAUUGUAUUCUAAAACCUACCACAUGGGUCUGAAAAGGAUGAAUGGGCAAAGAAAAAAUACUUUGUUUAGGUCAUAGUUCUUGAUUGUUUAUUGUUUUUUUUUACAGGGUAAGGACUUGGAGGUGGGGACUUAGCCAGACUGUAUGGGUCUGAAGUUUGAGUGCUCAGUUUGGAGAUUUGGUGUUCCUUGGUUAGUGGUGCUAAGGGCUAUUACUCCCCACAGCUCUGGGGGACCAUACCAUGCCGGAGAGACACACUCCAGUCCUUUGAGCUAUUUCCCAGCCCCUAUUUUUUAAAGUCAAAAAUAACAUAUUCUUGUAUUAUAUGUGGUAGAAAAAUAACGUGUUACAGAGAAACAAAAUGUGCUCUUAUACCAAAGAAAUGCUUAUCUCUUUAUAAAAAAUACUUUUGUGUUGUAAAAAUGGUAAUAUUUUAAAAUGUAGAAAAAAUAAA